AUGAGCGCCCCCCUCCCCGCCGAAGCCGCCGAAGCCGUGCUCGUGAAGUCGUCGGAGAUCCCCGAGGACGCCGUCGAGGUCCGUGGGUACGAUUUCGACGCGCCGACGACGGAUUACGAUGCGUUGUUGCAAUCACUCCUGAGCACCGGGUACCAAGCGACGUCGUUCGGACAAGCGGUGCACGAGGUGAAUCGCAUGCUGCGGUGGCGACUGAGCGAUGAAGCGAUCACGGAGGAGACGGAACCGGAGGAUCGGGACGAGGGGGUGCGAAGGGAGACGAGAACGAAGAUUUUCUUGGGUUGGACGAGCAACCUGACGUCGAGCGGGACGCGAGAGACAAUCAAGUAUUUGGUGAAGAAUAAAAUGGUGGACGUCCUGUGCACGACGGCGGGCGGGGUGGAGGAAGAUUUUAUAAAAUGCAUGAAACCGACGUAUUUGGGGGACUUCGCGCUCAGGGGGGAAGAUCUCAGGAAAAAGGGGUUGAACCGCAUCGGAAACUUGAUUCAGCCGAAUGACAACUAUUGCGAUUUUGAGGACUGGAUCAUGCCGAUCUUGGACGAGAUGCUUCGAGAGCAGAACGAGGAGGGAGUGAAGUGGACGUGCUCGAAGGUGAUCAAGCGGCUCGGGCUGGAGAUUAAUCACGAGGAUUCCAUCUUUUAUUGGGCGGCGAAGAACGACAUCCCGUGCUACUGCCCGGCGCUCACCGACGGCUCCAUCGGGGACAUGCUGUAUUUCCACUCUUACAAGAACCCCGGACUCG